GAGCGUUUGAGAUUCGGAGAAUGAGAGAACAACUGUCGGAACAUCCAUUCACAACAAAUUGGACCUGCCAGUCCGAUAGCUCCUAUUUGAAUUAUCGCAUCUCUUCAGGUGUCUUAUAAUAAAUAAGAUGGCAACGUCUGAUAGUUCCGGCCUGAGUAAAGCUGUAAAACAGCAGUACAUGGAUCUCCCUCAGGGAGACAAAGUGCAAGCCAUGUACAUUUGGAUAGACGGAACAGGGGAAGGACUCCGCUGUAAGACGAGAACGCUUGAUUCGGAGCCCAAAAGCAUCGAAGAGCUGCCAGAGUGGAACUUUGAUGGCUCCAGUACAUACCAGUCUGAGGGCUCCAACAGUGAUAUGUAUUUGAUUCCCUCUGCAAUGUUUCGUGAUCCAUUCCGCAAAGACCCCAACAAGCUGGUCCUGUGUGAAGUGCUGAAGUACAACCGAAAGCCUGCAGAAACCAAUCUCCGCUUGACAUGUAAGAAAAUCAUGGAUAUGGUGGAGAAUCAGCACCCUUGGUUUGGCAUGGAGCAGGAGUAUACUAUUCUGGGCACAGAUGGACACCCUUUUGGCUGGCCUUCCAAUGGCUUCCCUGGGCCACAAGGACCUUACUACUGUGGUGUGGGAGCAGACAAAGCCUAUGGCAGAGACAUCGUAGAGGCUCAUUAUAGAGCCUGUCUUUAUGCUGGGGUCGAGAUUUGUGGCACAAAUGCAGAAGUCAUGCCUGCGCAGUGGGAAUUCCAGGUUGGACCUUCUGAGGGCAUCAAUAUGGGGGACCACUUGUGGGCUGCUCGCUUCAUCCUGCACCGUGUCUGUGAAGACUUUGGCGUGGUUGCCUCAUUUGAUCCCAAACCCAUCUCUGGGAACUGGAACGGUGCUGGAUGCCACACCAACUUCAGCACCAAGGAGAUGAGGGAAGAUGGAGGUCUGAAGGCCAUUGAGGACUCAAUUGAAAAGCUAGGGAAAAGGCAUCACUAUCACAUCCGUGCUUACGAUCCCAAGGGGGGUCUGGACAAUGCCCGCCGCCUCACUGGCCACCACGAGACUUCCAACAUCCAUGAGUUCUCUGCUGGUGUGGCAAACCGGGGUGCCAGCAUCCGCAUCCCUCGCAUGGUGGGCCAGGAAAAGAAAGGCUACUUUGAGGACCGCCGCCCCUCGGCUAACUGCGACCCAUACGCGGUGACCGAAGCUCUAAUCCGUACCUGUUUGCUCAGCGAAGAGGGAGACGAGCCUGUGGACUAUUAGGCACCACAAAAUCCCUCUGGACUGCAUCUCAACCCCCCCCCCCCCACCCAUUAUCAGUUGAAAAGUCAAAACUAGUACUGUAUUUGUAAUUUCUUUUGUUCUCCAUUGAAAUGAGUUUGACCUGCAUUUCUGAAUAGAUUAAAGUUGACUGGUCAACUUUACCGCAGAAAUCUAAAGUUUGGUCUUAACCUUGAGAUAGUUGAGGGCAUGGUGUUUGCAGGGUAUGUCUCUCCCUUACUUGCAUUUAAGUGCAGAGCUGAUUUGUAACAUGGUUUUGAUGAUUAUGCCCCCUUUUGUUUGUCAUGACUUAAGCACAUAAUGGACUGAAGAGUAGUGCUGCUAGGGCUGAGCAGCAUGUGUAAUUUCUUAAUAAAUCUACAGCUAGUUGGUGUACGUAUGUUGACCAGCCUUUUAGACUUCUGUUUUCAAUGUUACUAACUGUUUAAUAGGAUGUGUGGUUUUUAAAUGGCUACAUGUUUGAUGUACUUUACAGAUUUUACACACUGGUUCAUGUUGUAUGGUACUCUCUGUAGAUUUGAGUCCUAACUAUUGUCGGUCCAAUGUAAUGCCAUUUGUAAAAUCCAUGCAAGGCUCAUGAAGGAGUUUUAUCCUUUUGUCAACUGCUCUGAAAUUGUUAUGCAUCUGAUUUGGUAAAACCCUGAAUUUACUGGACCCGGUGUAUUUAUCAUUGAAACAUUUAAACUUUUUUAUUUUGACUUGUUUGGGUUCUUAUCACAAGUAAGAAACAAGGCAAGAAGUAUGUAUUUUCUUGAACCCACAAAGGAAUUCAAGUAAAAAAUAAUCUUAUUUUAGCCACUCUUCUAGCAAGAACACAAUCAUAAAUAAGAGCAUACUUUUACUUAUGGGAGAUAAAACACACAUGCUUGAGUGUCCAUACAAUGUAACUUUCUCUGCAUCAUCCCCUCCCAGGAGAGCGAUGUGUUCUGCAUUUUUUUUAUUGUGGUUCUCUGCAGAGAACCUUGUGGAUGGGGAGAACAUGCAAACUCCAUGCCAAAAGGCCCAAGCGACCUCACCUCACCUGAGCACCGACAGGCCCCAGAUGGGAUUCUAACCUUACAUCUUGCUUCAAAAUCACUGGGUCUUCAAUAUUGGGUUGUAGGCAUUCCGAAAGGAACAGUCUCAUCUCAUGGGGAGACCUGUUAACAUGAAGUGAAUGGUUGUAGAAACAUAGCAUUGACUAUAGCUGAGUGUUUUGAUCUGACAUGUUUCCAUAAAGCAUUUUGAGGAAGUAUUCAGCUGAA